CCACCCCGUCGCCUCUCCAUUCUCCGCCCCGGCGGCCUGCUCGCUCGCCUCCCGCCACCGUGCGAUUGAUGUCUCUUCGGCAUUCAGCGCGCCCCACACCAUGCCGCCGCGGGCGACGACGACUUUCUUCUGAGCCCAUAUCUCCGGUCUAGCGAGACAACUGCCGCAUGCGCGAAAAUGCUCGCGGCGAGCACGCCACAGCAGUAUUCGAGCGACUUCGGGGGCGGCAAUGGAGGCCUUGAUGCUCUCGCCGAAGGCUCGCAGUACGCCCAGCAGCAGAUGCAGAUGCAGAUGCAGCAGCAGCAGCAGCAGCAGCCGCAGGGUCAGGCGCUGAACGGUGCGCGACCCGAGAUGAAACACCGGCAGAGCUUCAGCAACGGCAGCGCAGGCGCCGACGACACAACACUGGAAGAUACAAAUGGGAGCACGAAAAAUGGCAAGACAAGCACGAACGGUCAGCCGGUGCGGCGGAGAAUCAGUCGGGCGUGUGACCAAUGCAACCAGCUGCGGACCAAGUGCGAUGGGCAACAUCCAUGCGCGCACUGUGUGGAGUUUGGCCUGACGUGCGAAUAUGCUCGCGAACGCAAGAAGAGAGGCAAAGCAUCGCGGAAGGACAUUGCUGCCCAACAAGCUGCUGCUGCGGCGGGGGAGAACAAAGAUGACAACAGUCCGAAGUCUGGAAGUGAUCGACCUGGAGAAGAUGCGGCCAUCGCACCCAAACCACAGGCCGAAAAUGCAUUGAAACGCAAACGCCCGAGUAUGGACUUUCAACAGCCCCAUCUGCCACCUCCGAGAUCAAACAGCAUGACGAGCCAGCCGAACAAUAUGCAUCCGUUGAUGAAUAGACCCGGUAUGGAACCUUCGGGUGGGAGUGUCACUGGCAAUGCGAUCCCGCAGACGAAUGGCAUACACCAACGGCCGAUGCAAAAUGAACAUCAGCCCCUUCCGACUCCACGAGCACCAGUUGCGCCCAUGCAAGAGCGGAGUAUGUCAGUAGGCAUUGGUGAGUAUGGUAGCAUAGAUGACUACCAUCGCAGCAUAUUACAUCCUGGCGCUGGAGCUACUGUGACUGGACAUAACAUAUUACAUUCUGGUCCCGGCGGCAUGCCUCACUCAAUGAUCCAGGGAGGCACCAUCACAGGCUACGGCGAUCCUCCAUAUGGCGUGCCGUCUCCGACCAGUCAACAAGGUAUUACUGGGCAUCCCUACCACAUAGGAGGCUCACCGAUGUCCGCCAGUUUCUUACGACAAUCGCCAAUUGCUGGUUCUCCGGGCUGGUUAUCGCUACCAUCGCCGACCGCUGGACUGUACCCUCAAAUGCAUGCACAACCAUCAAAUCAAACUUUGAGAUAUCCCGUGCUACGACCCCUUCUUCCACACAUAUCUGCCAUAAUACCGAUCGGACUUGCUUGUGACCUGCUGGACCUGUACUUCGCGAGCACAUCUCAGACAUUUAUGCAACCGCAGUCGCCUUAUGUGAUAGGCUACGUCUUUCGCAAACGAUCCUUCCUACGGCAGACCAAUCCGCGAUCAUGUAGUCCGGCUCUGCUCGCAAGUAUGCUCUGGGUCGCUGCUCAGACGAGCGAAUCAGCUUUCCUGACUUCUGCUCCUUCAGCGCGUGGAAAGAUCUGUCAGAAGCUGCUCGAGCUGACAGUCAGCUUACUGAAGCCCCUCGUUCACACCCCUCUGGACGGAACUCAGCUAUACGGAGGCAACACGGUCAUCAAUGGCGUUGCUUUGGGAGGCUUUGGCGUCACAGUCACUGGGCAGGCGGAAGCGGGCACGCCUGGAGCAAGCGCCGCACUGGAUGAUGUCGCCACGUACAUCCACCUCGCGACUGUUGUGUCUGCGAGUGAGUACAAAGCAGCAAGUCUGAGGUGGUGGAAUGCGGCAUGGUCUCUGGCAAGGGAGCUGAAGCUUGGUCGUGAACUUCCCCCGAAUCCUGAGAAUUCAGAUGGGCCUGAAGCCGAAGCCGAGGCAACUGGUGAAGCUGGAGUCGGACAUGCGAAUGGCAUUGCCUCUACAGAUCAGCCUGGAUAUGUCUCUGAAGAGGAGCGAGAAGAGCGGCGACGUAUAUGGUGGCUGCUUUACAGCGUCGACAGGCACCUAUCAUUGUGCUACAACAAGCCACUUUUCUUGCUCGAUGUCGAGUGCGAAGGACUACUGCAACCUGACAACGAGACUGUCUGGCAAACAGGGGAGUACUAUCCUGGAGAGGGCCACGCUGAAGCGCUGCAUUAUCGACGGCGCGGACCAGGAUUUGAAUGCACUGGGCACAGUUUGUUUGGCUACUUCUUGCCUCUGAUGACCAUCCUCGGCGAAAUCGUCGAUCUAAAUCAGGCCCGCAACCAUCCCCGGUUUGGUAUGGUCUUCAGAGGCAGCUCAAUCUGGGAUGAACAGGUUGCCGAGAUAUCGCGUCAGCUCGAAGCAUAUGGGAGAAGCCUGCAGGAAUUUGAAGCUCGCCAUCUGACACCGCCUGACCCUCCGAAGGAUGCGACCAACGGGAAUGAGGGAGCGCCAGAUGCCACGAGUCCGCACUCAGUAGGCACAUCGCAUUCGAACCAGCAGCGAAUGACUGAGACCACUCUUCAGACAAAGAUUGUUGUAGCGUACGGGACGCAUCUCAUGCAUACUAUGCACAUCCUGCUAAAUGGCAAGUGGGAUCCAAUAUCGUUGCUGGAUGACAAUGAUUUGUGGAUUUCUUCACAAUCCUUUAUCUCUGCCACCGGUCAUGCUGUGUCAGCAGCUGAAGCGAUCAACGAGAUCCUGGAUUACGAUCCCGACAUUUCAUUCAUGCCAUUCUUCUUCGGCAUUUAUCUAUUGCAGGGCAGUUUCUUGCUCCUGUUGAUCGCAGAUAAGCUGGGCGCAGAAGCUAGCCCGAGCGUUGUGAAGGCUUGUGAGACGAUCGUCAGAGCGCACGAAGCUUGCGUUGUGACGCUGAACACCGAGUAUCAGCGCAACUUCCGAAAAGUGAUGCGAUCAGCAUUGAUGCAAGUCCGAGGGCGAUCAGUAGAAGAUUUCGGCGAACAACAACAACGGAGACGAGAAGUCUUGUCCUUGUACAGGUGGACAGGCGAUGGCCAAGGCCUCGCAUUAUGAUGGAAGGAAGUAAUGACUUGACGGAUUUUUCGAUGCACAAAGUUUUCAUGUAUAUGACACGCACACAUGAGGAGAUGGGGAUACCCUGGAGGAGGCGGGCCUACAAAAAUUUCUAGCUUGGUGCACAUAUCUGGCAAAGCAACUGACGGC